AUGUCCGGUAAUACGAAUCCCUUUGAGGACAAUGGGAACAACCCAAUGUCCCCAUUUGAUGAUAAUUUCCAAUUUGAAGAUAUUGAUUUCGACGCUCAACCUAAUCAUUCCAGUAAUACCACUGCAAAUAACACUUCUUCAAGUAAUGCAUACCACGGAGAUAGCACACAUCUCACAUCCUUCGAUGACUCUAAGGAAAAAGAAAGCCUUUCAUUCCACGAAGAUGUAGAUAAUGAUAUUCAUUCUUUUGAACCCACUCCAAGAAUAGGUACUAGUAAUGGAGCUUUUGAUGACAUAAGUCUGGAGAAUGAUGACCAUGACCCAUCCUCCUCACAUCAUCAUAGUACAAGUGAGAACAUUAUGAAAAGACUGCGUAUGGGCACACAACGGAACAAAAAGGGGAAACCCACUGUAGGCAGAGCCAAGACCUUGAAAUGGGCACAGAAAACUUUUGUUAAUCCAUUUGAAGAGUCUAAUAAUAGAGAUGAUAUAUUCGAUGAUGCAGGACUUACGAACCGUGCAAGUGAAUUAAGAACUGUCUAUUAUAAUAUGCCAUUACCUAAGGAAAUGGUAGAUGAAGACGGGAAACCAAUAACAGAUUAUCCUCGUAAUAAGAUUAGAACAACGAAGUAUAGUCCCUUAAAUUUUUUCCCAAAAAAUAUCAUGUUUCAAUUCCAAAAUUUCGCCAAUGUUUAUUUCCUUGUGUUAAUUAUUCUGGGUGCAUUCCAAAUCUUUGGUGUUACUAAUCCUGGGUUGGCAGCGGUACCUUUAAUCGUCAUUGUUAUUAUUACCGCAAUUAAGGAUGCCAUUGAAGAUUCAAGGAGAACACUUUUAGAUAUGGAAGUUAAUAAUACAAGGACACAUAUUUUAGAAGGUGUCGAUAACGGCAACGUCUCAGUUGAUAACGUGUCCCUUUGGAGACGAUUCAAAAAGGCCAACACUAGAUUACUUAUGAAAUUUAUUGAAUAUUGUAAAAGUCAUUUUACUGAAGAGGGUAGACAAAAGAGAAGACAACAUAAGCGUCACAUUUUACGUUCCCAAACUGCCGCUAUUAACGGUGGUAUAGACAUGGCCCGUAAUUCCCUUGAUUCUAUUGGUAGUUAUAGAAUGUCUGGUGAUUAUGGGCGUCCAUCAUUGGAAUAUGAUACUGUGGGUCAGUCUGCGUUAAAGACAGAUAACGCAAAUAUUAUGGAUAGAUCGUUGCCACCAAGAUCAGAUUGUAAGUUCUCCAAAGAUUAUUGGAAAAACGUUAAAGUUGGUGACAUUGUUCGUAUACAUAAUAAUGAUGAAAUCCCAGCUGAUAUUAUUUUACUAUCCACAUCAGAUUCUGACGGUGGUUGUUACUUGGAAACUAAAAAUUUAGACGGGGAAACUAAUUUGAAAGUUCGUGAAUCUUUAAAAUGUAGUCAUUCUAUUAGAAACUCAAGAGAUAUCGCAAGAACUAAAUUUUGGGUUGAAAGUGAAGGUCCACACGCUAAUCUAUAUUCUUAUCAAGGUAAUGUUAAGUGGGUUGAUUCCAAAGAUGGUGAUCUGAAGAAUGAACCCGUUACCAUUAACAAUUUAUUACUUCGUGGUUGUACAUUAAGAAAUACUAAAUGGGCCAUGGGGAUGGUUGUGUUUACUGGUGAUGACACAAAGAUUAUGUUAAAUUCUGGCGCCACCCCAACAAAGAAGUCAAGAAUCUCUAGAGAAUUGAAUCUUUCAGUCUCUCUAAAUUUCUUAUUCCUAUUUAUCAUUUGUUUUAUCUCUGCUAUUAUAAAUGGUGUUGAUUAUGAUAAGCAUCCACGUUCAAGAGAUUUCUUUGAAUUCGGUACCGUUGCAGGUUCGGCGUCUACUAAUGGGUUUGUCUCAUUCUGGGUCGCGGUUAUUUUAUAUCAAUCUUUGGUUCCUAUUUCCUUGUAUAUUUCUGUGGAAAUUAUCAAGACAGCACAAGCUGCAUUUAUUUAUGGUGAUGUGCUUCUUUACAAUGCGAAAUUAGAUUAUCCUUGUACCCCCAAAUCCUGGAACAUUUCUGAUGAUAUGGGUCAAAUUGAAUAUAUUUUCUCUGAUAAAACAGGGACACUUACUCAAAAUGUUAUGGAAUUUAAAAAAUGUACAAUUAAUGGUAUUUCAUAUGGUCGUGCUUAUACUGAAGCCCUUGCUGGGUUAAGAAAAAGACAAGGUAUUGAUGUGGAAGAAGAAGGACGUCGUGAAAAGGAAGAAAUUGCUAAAGAUAGAGAUACAAUGAUUAAUACACUUAGAAAUUUAUCUCAUAAUUCUCAAUUCUAUCCAGAUGAUAUCACUUUUAUUUCUAAGGAAUUUGUCAAUGAUCUUAAGGGUGCCAGUGGAGACAUGCAACAGAAAUGUUGUGAGCAUUUUAUGUUAGCGCUUGCCUUAUGUCAUUCAGUUUUGGUAGAGCCUAACAAGCAUGAUUCCAAAAAAUUAGAUGUAAAGGCACAAUCUCCCGAUGAAGCUGCAUUGGUUUGUACUGCUAGAGAUGUAGGAUUCAGUUUUAUUGGAAAAACUAAGACUGGUUUAAUCAUCGAGGUGCAAGGUGUUCAAAAGGAGUUCCAAAUCUUGAACACGUUAGAAUUCAACUCCACCAGAAAGAGAAUGAGUUGUAUCGUAAAAAUUCCAGGUGCAAACCCUGACGAUGAACCAAGAGCUCUAUUAAUUUGUAAAGGUGCCGAUUCUAUUAUUUAUUCAAGAUUAGGUACCAAAAAUGGUGCAAACAGCGAAAAUUUAUUGGAGAAAACUGCAUUGCAUUUGGAACAAUAUGCUACAGAAGGUUUAAGAACCUUGUGUAUUGCCCAAAGAGAACUUUCCUGGCCCGAAUAUCUUGAAUGGAAUAAAAGAUAUGAUAUUGCAGCUGCAUCUGUAACAAACAGAGAAGAACAAUUGGAAGCGGUCUCUGACGAAAUUGAAAGAGAGUUGACACUACUUGGUGGUACAGCUAUCGAAGAUCGUUUACAAGAUGGUGUGCCAGAAUCUAUCUCAAUUUUGGCUCAAGCUGGUAUUAAACUAUGGGUUUUGACAGGUGAUAAAGUGGAAACCGCCAUUAAUAUUGGGUUUUCAUGUAAUUUACUGAAUAAUGAUAUGGAAUUACUAGUAGUAAAGACCAAUGGGGAUGAUGUUCAAGAAUUUGGUAAUGACCCGGCUGAAAUAGCUGAAUCGUUAAUUACAAAAUAUUUACGAGAAAAAUUUGGCUUGACUGGAUCUGAAAUGGAAUUAGCUGAUGCAAAAAAGAACCAUGACUUCCCUAGAGGCGAUUUCGCUGUGGUUAUUGAUGGUGAAGCAUUGAAACUCGCAUUAAAUGGUGAAAGCAUAAGACGUAAAUUCCUACUUUUAUGUAAGAAUUGUAAGGCUGUAUUAUGUUGCAGAGUCUCUCCAGCUCAAAAGGCUGCUGUCGUCAAGUUAGUCAUGACAUCCUUAGAUGUCAUGACUUUGGCUAUUGGUGAUGGGUCCAAUGAUGUUGCCAUGAUUCAAUCUGCAGACGUUGGUGUAGGUAUAGCAGGCGAAGAAGGUCGUCAAGCCGUCAUGUGUUCAGAUUAUGCUAUUGGUCAAUUCAGAUAUUUAACAAGAUUAGUUUUGGUUCAUGGAAGGUGGUCAUAUAGAAGGCUAGCAGAGAUGAUUCCAGCAUUUUUCUACAAAAAUGUUAUUUUUACGUUGGCGUUAUUCUGGUAUGGUAUCUAUAACAAUUUCGAUGGGUCAUAUUUGUUUGAAUACACUUUCCUGAUGUUCUAUAAUUUGGCGUUUACAUCUUUACCUGUUAUCUUCAUGGGUAUUAUGGAUCAAGAUGUCAGUGAUACUGUUUCAUUGGUUAUGCCUCAACUAUAUCGUAGUGGUAUUUUAAGAUUAGACUGGAAUCAAACAAAGUUUUUAUGGUAUAUGCUAGAUGGGCUGUACCAAUCCUGUAUUUGUUUCUUUUUCCCAUACUGUCUCUACCAUAAGAACCAGAUUGUUUCAAAUAACGGUCUUGGUCUUGAUCAUAGAUUCUAUGUCGGUGUUAUGGUUACUUCAUUGGCUGUUGUCUCAUGUAACAUUUACAUGUUGUUACACCAAUACAGAUGGGAUUGGUUCAGUUGUUUAUUCAUCGGCUUAUCAUGCAUAAUUCUAUUUUUCUGGACUGGUGUAUGGUCAAGUUCCUUAACCAGCAAAGAGUUUUUCAAAGCUGCAUCACGUAUAUACGGAGCACCAUCUUUCUGGGGUGUCUUCUUUGUUGGUAUCGUUUAUUGUCUGCUACCGAGAUUCACACUCGAUUGUUUCCGCAAAUUCUUUUACCCAACUGAUGUUGAAAUUGUUAGAGAGAUGUGGCAACGUGGUGAUUUCUCUCACUAUCCACCAGGCUAUGAUCCUACAGAUCCAAACAGACCUAAGGUCGCUAAAUCUGGUAAAUUUGGAGAACGUAUUGUUGAAGGUAUACAUUUAUCUCAAUCAUUUGGUGAAAAUAACUUUUCUCACGAGUCGGUUGCAACUGAGGAAAUUCCAAUGAAUAUUUUGCAUACCGACGCAGGACAGACCAUUAGAAGAGAUACUCAGGACCAAUGGGCCUCCUCUCCAAAGGAAACACAAGACUUACUGUUUUCACCUAGACUGAAUCAAGAACAGGAACAACGACAAAAAUCAAAUCUUGGUAGGUCAUCUCUUGAAAGAACAAGAGAAGAUAUGCUUGCGACAAAUCAACUGGAUAACAGAUAUUCUGUUGAGAAGGCAAGGACAUCAUUAGAUUUACCAGGAGUGACACACGCUGCAUCGUUAGUCGGCAAAAGGAAGUCGACAACGAGAGAAAUAUUAUGA